AUGUACGGGAUCCUUAAAAAUAUCAGUCGAAAGCUCGAAAUGCUCAGUGUGAAGCUCCCCGUCCUGUUCAGGGACGAGUUCAUGUUUCUUUCGACAUUCGUUCCUGAGUAUAUACCCGAUUUGAACUUGGACUGGGUCAUGGCUCCAUUCCGACGCUUUGAAUCCUUCGAGCACAGAUUUCGCGUUGCUCGCAAGAAUUUUGGCAAGAUUAAUCGAUGGGACAAAGAGCUGGCUAAGUUGGAGUUGUUGCUGGCGGAGGUGGAGUUGACAGUUCAAAAAAUUAUGGACAUGCACUACAAAAUUUCCCAGGGCGAAGAUUUUGCCGAUAGAGAUGGAACCGCUCAAACCAUCGUCGAGGUAACCUUUACACACCUCAUCAAUCGCAUGGACAUGUGCCAUGCUCUGGAGCUUCCCUGGGGCGAUUCCACACCCAAGCAGACCGACACGCCCAAGCAGAGCUACAGUAUGGUUCUCAAAUUGCCCCCCAACCACGAGAAGCCCGCCUCCGCGGAGUAUAUACGCCGACUCCAAAUGAAAUCGUAUCAUUGA